AUGGCUCGGUUUAGCAUAGUGCUGCUCAUGACCUUGAUGAUCGUUUUUGCUGCAUUUGCUUGGAGUACUGAAGCCAGGAAGUUUUUGGAAAUGAAGGAAGAGAAGCAGAAGAAGAAGGGAAUGCCACUUAUAGAGGCAAGCUUGAUCUUCAGUGUCCUUCCCAAGGGCGACGUCCCUGGCUCGGCCCCUAGCAAGAAGGGUCAUGCCUCACCGGUCGACCGUAAGCUGCUUGCCAGACACCUCAUGAGGCCCAGCCGAAUCUUGCGCUCCGUCAUCAGCCCCGGUUUUGGCUAUUAG